CGUUUUCUAAUCUGUCAUUUUUCGCCCCACUAACAAACUUAAGCUUGAAACAAGUCGUCGAGUGAGCGCUGUCCAAGGGAUCACAAGGGAAACUGCAGUUCGUGCGGUUGACUGGUCGUAUGAAGUUGGGCCACCUGAUCUAGAGCACCAACCUGGUGGCUGGUCUCUCUCCGAGAGCGGGGUAACACCCAUUCCCAUCAAAUCUGCGCUCAAAGCACGAGCGGCGCCCCGUUCACAAUAUUCCGUGUCCUUUGCUAACAGUACUACUCUCCACUCACCCAUAAAGGCUACUAUGGCUGUUACCUCGAGUCUGAAACCGCUGAAUCCGAAUUUGUCAAACAAGCAUAGCGAUGAGAGCGUUCUUCGAUCCAUGCCAAAAGCUUCCAAGUCUACCAAAGGGUUUUCGGGCACUUUGGCCGACAAUGACGAAAAUUGGGCGUUGAGUGUAACCUCUAUCUUGAACCAAAUUUGCGAUCGCGUCGUGGAAGCCAAGCGGCGCCAGUUCCAAGGUAUCAGGCAAAGUGUGCUUAUAGCUAGGAGUGAGAUACUUGAGGAGAUUCAAGAGGACUUACGGCACUGUCUGACCGUAUCCAUCGAUCACUACAAUUGUCUUCUGGAACUGAACUCCCAAUAUGAUGCGGCCGAACGAGACGUCAAGAGCGCCUAUGACGAACUCAAUCAUGUUAAUACUGCCAUAACGGAAAAACUGCAAGAAAUUAUCCGAGAUCAUGACCGUCUCUCGUUGUGCAAGGCAAUGACUACAUUAAAAAGUUUGAGUAGUAGGAAGGCAAUUAGCGCUACUUUUGAGAGCCUUGGAGUUCUGGAUGGACACUAAAGACAUUCAGGGAAGGAAAUUGCUGUAGCUAUAGCAUUCUUCGGGCUGCGCUGUUGCGCUGGCCCCAUUCAUCAUGGCUCCAUCCAUCCAUUCUCCGUGUCGUUUUUUAGAGUCCCCAACUUUAUGACCUGCCACUUAUUGUACAACAUCUGGUU